AUGGCUGCUCCGGCGGCAACAGCGAGUUCUCCUCCAGGUUUGUGUCCAAAUUACGCCGUGAUCUGCUCCUUUCUGGAGAGAUACGGUGCCUUGUUGGACUUACCGGAGCUCACCUUCCCGCAGCUGGAGAGAUAUCUGCAGGACACGACCUCAGUCCCGAAGCUGCUGGUGGACCUUCACGUCAAGUUGCUGAGGAAGAUCGGCAAGUCAGUGUCCGCAGACAGAUGGGAGAAGUAUCUGGUCAAGAUAUGUCAAGAGUUCAACACAACAUGGGCCUGGGAACUGGAAGAAAAAGGGUACAAGGAGAUGACGAUGGAGUGCAAGACGGGGAUCCUUAAAUAUUUGUGUGAGUGUCAGUUUGAUGACAAUGUAAAGUUCAAAACCGCCAUCAGCGAGGAGGACCCCGAAAAAAUGCGUCUGCAGCCGAUCGGCCGGGACAAAGACGGUCAGAUGUACUGGUACCAACUGGACCAGGACGACAACGUUCGCAUGUACAUCGAGGAGCAGGACGACCUGGACGGAUCGUCGUGGAAAUGCAUCGUCAGAGACCGAAAUGAACUGGCCGAGGUCGUCGCUCUGCUGAAGACGCAGAUUGAUCCGGCGCUGCUGAAAAAAGAGGAAACCAAACCCGAAGGUGAAGAGGGCAAAAAAGCAGAAGGUGAAGUUAAAAAGAGUGACGACUCAUCAGAUGAAGACAUCAAAGACUCGACCAAAGCUGUCGGCUCAGCCUCACCAAAGGCCGAGAGCAAUGGAAAAGUUGACGACUUGAAAUCCGAAGUGUCUGACGCCAAAUCGUCAUUAAACGGCGUCAUCGAAGGCGUCAUCGAAGGCAAACCUGAAUCCGAACUUAAUUCAGAAAAGGCCGCGGAGGAUCUCAGUAUCAUCACAAAAGCCCAGAACAUCAAAGAAGAGCCGAUGGAGGUGUCGGAAACUAAAUCGAGCACAGCUACGAGUGAACCAGCUCCCGCCUCUGAGGUGCCGUGUAUAUCGGUAAAGGCGGAAAAAGGAGAGGAGGCGAAGAAGAGCACAGCGGAGGAGAUUCAACAGGCGAUGAAGAACGACCAGCAGGCCAAAAUCCCUCUGAAAAAAAGAGGAAUGAAGUUCAGCGAAGACUUUGAAAAGAGUAAAACCAGCGGCAGCUCUAUCAUCGUUCAGAAUCCGUCUGUUCCUCAGAAUAAAGAAGCUCCUAAAACCGACUCGACUCCCGAGCAGAGGAAGAAAUCGCAGAGCGUAAACGAUCACGUUAACGGCGAAGUUCAGCCCGCGUCAGAUAAAAGUCAUUCGAGCGAGUCGUCGAAAGAAGCCGCCGUCGACAAAGAAGAGCGGACGACCGAAGCGGCUGCAGGUAAAUCUGUAGAAACCAGAGAAAACGACGCACCAACUACAGGCGAGGACGGUGUGAAAGAUAAAAAGGAAGAAGCUCAGAGUGCUCAGAAAGCUACAGAGUCGGCAACAUCGGACCAAACAGCCUCGGAGAAGAAAGAUCUAAAUAAACAGGUAGAAAAGGAAAGCACUACAGAAAAGGGGAAAGCACACGAGUCUCCGCCAAAACCUACAGAAGAGUCUCCGCCUAAACCUACAGAAGAGUCUCCGCCUUUAACUAAGGACGCACAUGAGAAGUCUCCUAGUCGUGUAGAAGAUGAAAAAACUAAAGAAUCCAAACCAGCAGAAACAAAAGAGUCUUCUACGACGGACAAGACGAGCAAGUUAAAGGAAACAGAUAAAACGUUAACAACCGACGAGUCAAAGAAGUUAAAUUUGAAUCAUGAGGUUAAAUCCAAAGAAGCCGAAUCAUCAAAAGAUUCAGAAAAAUCAAAACCAGAAUCAGAGUCGAGUAAAAGUGAAGAAAGUAAUAAAUCAAAGGUGACAGAAAAAGUAAAAGACGUAAAGCAAACAGAAACGAGUGACACUAAAGAAACGGAGAGUAAAGUGGAGAAGUCUUCUGCAGCGAAAGAGAAACCGGGAGUUAUAAAAACAACAGAAACACAAUCUGAGGUCAAAGAUCCCGACUCUGGAAAAGCUGAGUCACCAUCCGUCACUAAAAAGACCGAAGAGGUAAAAGACAGCGAGGACAAAAAGGCUCCGGAAACGCAAGAAAUCAAAGAAAGCUCGACGGUCAUUAAAAAGGCGAAAGACAAAACGUUAAUCGGCGAGAAAUCGGAAGAAACAUCGGACGCUAAAGAGAGUUCGGAGUCAUCGGUUAUUAAAAAAGUCGACAAAUCAGAAUCAAGCAAAACUAAAGAGAAACAAGAUGAAGAGGCGAGUCCAGCCGUUGAUGAGAAAGCCAAGGCAACCUCCAAGAGUAACACCGGAAAGACAGACAAGAAGGAAAAGAUGGACAAGCCGGAAAAGACGGACAAGCCUGAGAAGAUGGACAAGCCUGAGAAGACGGACAAGACGGACAAGCUGGAAAAGACGGGCGAGCCUAAAAAGACGGACAAGCUGGAAAAGACGGACAAGCCAGAAAAGAAGCUUGAAAAGACGGACAAGCUGGGAAAGAUGGACGAGCCUGAAAAGAAGGACAAGAUUGAAACUAAGGAAAAGACAGACAAGCCGGAAAAGACGGGUGAGCCUAAAAAGACGGACAAGCUGGAAAAGACGGGCGAGCCUAAAAAGACGGACAAGCCGGAAAAGACAGACAAGCCAGAAAAGAAGCUUGAAAAGACGGACAAGCUGGGAAAGACAGACAAGCCGGAAAAGACGGACAAGCUUGAAGAGACAGACAAGCCGGAAAAGAAGGACAAGAUUGAAACGAAGGAAAAGACUGACAAGCCGGACAAGACAGGAAAGAAGGACAAGACAGAAAAGCCAGAAGACGUAAAGAAAAGCGUCAACUGCGAAGACGAUGCAAUACCUAAUGUCACCAAGACGAGCGACUCUACGUCCAAGCAACCGGAGACCAACGACGAAGCCGUGACCGUUAAACACGACGAAAUCAAAAAGAACGCAGUCGCACAAAAGACGACGGAGGAAGCAUCCGAAGGUAAAGAGAAAUCGUCCAGCCCCGCCGAGAAGACGGACGCCUCGGAAAAAAGCGAUAGAAAACGUAAAAGGACGGGAACGGAAGAGGCGAAGUCGUCCGAGGAACAACGUGAUAAGAUCGAGGCCGAGAAUCCGUCAACAGAAAGUAAAAAGGACACUGAUGCUGAAAAACAUACAAACGGCAGCGAGGAUCUCUCAUGUGGAGAUAAAGGAAGUAAAGAGGAUUCAAAAACCGAUGAAACGAAGGAGAAAGAAGCUCAUAAAGAGAAAGAAACCUCGACCAAAAAGGACGGAGCUGCUCAAGAAAACGUGAGCAAAGAACCGGACGAUAAAUCCUCAACCGAAGCCGAGAAGUCGGACCACGCCAAGCCGACUGAUGAGGAAGGUAAAAGCAAAAGUGAAGAAGAAGAAGACUCAGCGACGAAGAAGGAGGUGGAGAACGGCAGCGACGCUCCGUCAGACGUCAAAGAGGCGAUCGCCCGCCGGAGAGCGAAGCCGGCCCACCGAAGGAAAGCCAUCCUCCGUAGAGAAGAGAGACAAGGAGAUUCAGAGUCCGAUACCAACACCGGGGGUGGGAUGUCUCUCCGAAGGUCGCCGAGGAUCUCCAGACCGACGGCGAAGGCGGUGGAGGUCCACGACAGGAAGGCGGAGAAACCUCAAGCUGCUCCGCCGGCUGAGAAGAGCGAGAAGGAAAAAGAAGGGGAAGAGGAGGAGGAGGAGGAAGAGGAGCAGGAGUCGAAAGCUGUCCAGAAGAAGCCAAGAGAGAAGAAGGUGGAUCAGGAGGGUCAGCCUAAAGCCAAGGGGAGGAAGAGGCGGAAGGUUCGGUGGUCCAACACGCGAACGCGCCGCAAAAAGAAAGGCUCUGAAGACGAGGACGAGAACAGCGACGAGGAGUCCAGCGAAGACGAGGAGACCGAGGAGGAGGAGGACGACAGCGACGAAGACUACAAGGUGGAGCGAAGCAGAAAGAGGCGGAACCGCAACCGUGAGAGACGAAGCUCGGACUCCUCCACAUCCUCAGACGACGACCUACCUCCAAACGACGACCCCUGCAAACAUUGUGGUCUUCCAAAUCACCCCGAGCUGAUCUUACUGUGUGAUUCGUGUGAUAGCGGCUACCACACAGCCUGUCUGAGGCCUCCGCUCAUGAUCAUCCCAGACGGAGAAUGGUUCUGCCCUCCGUGUCAACAUAAACUCCUCUGUGACAAACUAGAAGAGCAGCUCCUAAACCUCGACGCCGCUUUGAAGAAGAAGGAACGAGCUGAGAGAAGGAAAGAGCGUCUCAUUUACGUUGGAAUCAGUGUUGAAAACAUCAUCACGCCCUCCGUCGAGCCGGUGGAAGAACCACCAGCGGUUAUAAUCAAAGAGAAGAAAGAAGUAAAGAGAAGUAAGAGCUGGGGUCGAAGGUCUACGAGGAACAAGAAGAACAUCAGCUACAGAUUCGAUGAAUUCGACGAGGCGAUCGAGGAGGCGAUCGAGGAAGACAUCAAAGAAGCAGAAGGCGGAGGCGCUGGUCGGGGGAAGGACAUGGCCAACAUCACGGGACACAGAGGAAAAGACAUGUCCACCAUCCUCCAGAGCGAGGAGGGCAAAGAGAACGGCCGGCCGCCUCGACCCAACAUCAGCCAGCGCAAGAAGAAACGCCGGCGACUCAACGACCUCGACAGCGACAGCACGGUGGACGAGGAGGAGAGCGAGGAAGAGUUCCGCAUCAGUGAAAGCUCGGAAGAAGAGUUCGUCGUCUCCGAAAACGAGACGGAGGCGGAGACGGACGGAGACUCCAACGACAGCGACUUCGGCAGCAACAAAGGCGCGAAGCAUCGCAAGUCGUCGUGGGUCAAGAAGCAGUCGUCGCGGCGACGAAGCUCCCGAAAGCGACGGAGACCGAGAGGCUACUCGGACGACGAAGAGGAGGAGACGGAUGAGGACGAAGAUGAAGAUGAAAUAGUGACCGAAGGCUCCAGCGAAUACAGCGACAGUGAUCUGGAUAUGAGUCGACGGCGGUCUCGGCGGAGUCAGAAGAAGCAGGUGAACUACUGCGAGACGUCCGAGUCGGAAGGCUCUCAGGCAGAAACCAACCGGGACAAGAUGAAACCCCGACGUCGCCAGGACAGCUCGGAGAGUGAAGCGAGUUUCUCCAGAGACUCAGACGAGGAGCCGAGGGAUCAGCGGGUGAAGAGGAUAGCCGACUCUUCCAAGGAGGAUUCCCGGCAGCGGCACAGACGGCUGGCGCUAAAACGCAGGAGAGCUUCGGAAGAGGACGACUCGGACGACGACUCGGACGAAUCGUCGGAGGAGGAUCGCCCCAUCCGUAAACGGGUGAACCGCAUCGACUCCGACGACUCUGACGAGGAGGAGGAGAAGGAAGAGAAGGAGGAGAAGGAAGAGAAGGAGGAGAAGGAAAAGGAGGAGCCGAAGGAGAAGAAAGCGGCUGACAAAGCAGAGGAGGAGGGCGGCGUUCUGACAAAGGGAACAAACCAGCUGGACUGCAAUGCGGCGGAGCUGCCGCCCACCAACGGACAGAGCCAGGUAAAGAGCGUCGAGGGCGUCUCGAGGGCCGCUCCGGGCCUCAACCCAAAUCUGGAGCCACCCAAAAACAUCAGUGCCACACCAGCCGCCGCCAUCGCACCAAACGGUCUGGUCGCCCCGGAGAUGCCAGCGCAGGAGGACGACGAAGACGACCUGUUAGGAGUCACGGAUCUAGUGGACUACGUCUGCAAUAAUGAACAAUUGUAAAAAAAAAAAAAAAAAAAAAAAAACGACAAAAAACAACAACAAAAAAAAGGUGUACUGUUUCAUUUUUUUUGUGGUAUUGUAUUUUUAUAAUGCUUAACUUUAUUAUUCCUUCCCACACCAACACUUCUUCUUCUUCUUCUUCUUCUUCUUCUUCGUCCUUUUUACUCGUGUCGCGUGGAGCUCGACUCUCAGCGAUCUCUCCGCCUCACAGUAAAGAACUGGAUCACCAGUCUGGAGCUUUCCGUGUGGGAUUGAACCAUGAAAUAUAAGGGCACCAAACUAUCAAAGUCUCAUCUGUUUUGUAAUGAUAAUAAUAAUAAUAAUAAUAAUAAUAAUGUGUUUACCU